AUGAGAAUGGAUUACCAUGAAAAAAGAAAUUAUUUUAUGAGCAUAAAACAGCAUUUUAGUUUCAUUAAAAAAAAACAAAACAAUAAUUUAAAUGCUAGUAGUGAAAAUGUAAACAAAUCAUCAUUGUGUGAUUAUGAUAAUUCAACCAGAACUGGAAAUGAAUAUUAUGAGGACGAUAUAAACAAAACAGAAAAUAGUGAUAAUAUAAUAAAUGUAAAUGAAAAAACAACCACAGGGGGCAAUAAACAUACUAGUGACGAUUUAAGGGCAUCGAUUAAUAGUAAUAAAAGUGAUAACAGUAAUAUGGAUGAUUGGAUAGAUGAUAAUAAUAUCACAAGCAAAAAUUGUAACAACAAUAAUAUUCAUAAUAAUAAUUCUGUGAAUAGAAUACAUAAAAGUAUUGGCAGUCAUGCAAAAAAUAAUGAUGAUAAAAACCAAUACUAUUCUGACAACAGUAAUAUAUUAAAUGCGAAUACCCAUGGAAAUAAUACUAAUAGUAACAAUGAUGAUCAUUUAAAUAAAAAUAUAAUGAGUAACAGUGAUUCAACAAAUGUUAAUAACGAGAAUAAAGAAUUUGAAAUUUCCGAAAAUAAAACCUCGAUACAAAAGAACAUGAAAAAUAAAAAUAACGAUAUUAAAAAUGGGCCAAUAAAUAUGGAACAAAAUGACAAAAAUCAUAAUUAUGAUAAUCAAUAUUUUAUAAAAAAUGAAGAUAAAGAAUUUCGCAAUACUGAUAAAUUACCAAAGCAAAAUAUGAUUAAAACAAAUUCAUAUAUAAAAAACAAUCAAGGGAAACAACCAUCUGCUGAUUCAAAUAAUGAAGAUCAAAGGGAUAGUGACAACAAAACUAGUAAUAAUCAUUUCGAUAAUUUUAAUGGCAAUAAUAAUGUAGGCAAUUCUAACCACAUAAAUGACAGUAAUACUAAUGAGAAAGGGUUGAAAACACAUUUAGAAUCAACCAAAUGUGAUAACUAUUCUUAUAAAAGCAAUGGUAAGCUUGUAGAUAUACCUACAAAUAAGCCCAUUAAUACAAACAAAAUUACUAUUGAUAAUUUAAAUGAUAUAAAUAAAAGCAGUAAUGUAAAAAUUAAUAGUGACGCGAACUUAAAUACUGAUAUGAAUGCGAAACCUAAGGCAAAUAAUUUUAUUCAUGAGAAUAAGGAUCCAUUAUUUUUUGAAGGCGAAAAACUGCAACUUAAUAAUUCUAAAGAAGAAGUGUCUCUUAAACAACAUGAUAAUAGCAAUAAUAAUAACAAGUCAAAUCAUAUUACUAACAAUUAUAAUAAUAAAGGAAGCAAUAAGGGAGGAAGUAAACGCUCCAACACUGGCGGGAAUCCAACUAACAACCAAAAUGAUAAUAACAAAAGUAGUAAUAAUAAUAGUGGAAAUAAUGGAGGAGAUGGCCACAAUAAUAACAAUAAUAAUAAGAAUGACAAUAAAGACAAUAAUAAUGAUGACGAUGAAAAUAAAGGUGGUAAAAAUAAUAAAGGAAAUGAAAAGGGGAAAAAUAGAAACAACAAAAAUAAUAAAAAUAACAAAAAUAACAAUAAAAAUAGUGGGAAAGAUGGUCAAAAAAAUAGUCAUUUAGAUAGAAAUUCUGAUGAAAAGGUAAAAGAAAAUAUUAUGAUUCGAGGAGAUAAAAAAAAAAAAAACAAUAGCGCCAAUAAUAGUGGUAAUAAUAGUAAUAGCAAUGCCAAAGAUUUGAUAAAUUUGAAAAUUGGCUCGAAUAUGCGAAACAAUACAAAUAAUUUAAACCGAGAAAAUAUAAACAAAAUUGCUAAUAAUAAUAACGCACUUUAUAAUAAUAACAAUGCACAUAUGGAAAUGUAUGAAAAUAAUAAUGAAGCAUGCAUAAACAAUGCUAUUGGAAAAACAAAUGUUGGAAUGAAUUUUAAUGGCAUGUCUAUAAAAAAAAUGAAUGAAUUAUGUAAUAAUAUGAAUAAUAAAAUGCAUAUAAAUCACAUGGAUACUUUUGAUAACAAUGAUAAUAUAGUUCAUAUGGAUGAAGAAAUGAAUCAUUUUAAUGGAAAUAAUUUUGAUGUAAAAGUUUUUAAUAAUAUGAACGUAAUGCAUAAUAUAAAUGGAUUAAAAGAUUUAAAUGAUAUGAAUAAUAUGAUAAACAAUACGGAAUGUGAUAUUCAUAAUAAUUUUAUGGCGUAUUAUGGGCUUUCCUCUGAAGAAUUUUCAAAUAUCAAUAAUAAAAAACAUGAUACAGAUAUUAUUAUUGAUAAUAGUAAUAAAAAUAGUAAAAAUAUGAAUUCUAAUAUAAAUUCACAUAGCGUUAGUACAUAUAAUAAUAUAUACAAUGGGAACAUAUACAACAAUAAUGAUAAUAACAAUUUACAUGAAUCUAUGAUAUAUACAAUGAAUAAUAUUAAAAAUAAUACAGAUAUAAAUAAUAUGAAGGAAUACUACCAAUAUUAUAAUAAUGACAAUAAUUCUAUACAAAAUGGUAAUACUUCAUAUUAUCCAGAACAUGAAGAAAAAAUAUACUUGAAUAAUAAUGGAAAUAUAAAUAAAUUCAUUGAAUAUAAAAAAAACAAUAUGCCUUAUAUAAAUAGAACUAUUGAUGAUAAAUAUGACGAAGAAAAUAUAUUUCAAAAUAGAUAUGAAAAAAUGGAUAUGCACGAAUUAAAUAAGUCUGAAAAUAACAGUUUUAAUAAUACAUUAAAAAAUUAUUGGUUAUAUAAUAAAAAUAAUAUAAUAAAAAAUGAUGUAAUCAAUAAUAAAAUUAAUAUGAAUAUAAUACAAGAAAAAAAUGAAAAUAAAAAUCAAAUAAAUCCAAAUUUAGAAGAUAGUUUAAAUUAUAAUGAAGCUAAUACAUUAAAUUUGUUAAAUAUUGCUUUUAAUGAAAUAUUUGCUGAUAAAAAACAUCUAAUAGAAAAAACGAUUACUAAAAGGUUUAUGAAAAAAUUAGCCGUUGUUUUGAAAGAUAUUAAUCCAGAUAAUAUUAAAGGGAAAGGCAAGCAACUGAAAAAAUUAAUAUUGAAUAAAAAGAAGACUAACAAACAGGAAAAACAUGAAACUGAAAAAAAUAAAAAGGAAACAAGUAAGACUUCUAACGAUAAAAUAAGUAAUGAUACCAAAAAUGAAGAUACUAAAAUAAAAGGCGAAGAAAUAGUAAAAGAAUGUGAUGAGAAAAAUACCGAAGAUGCUAUAGAUGAUAAGAAAGAAAAAAAAAAUGCAACUAAUAGCUCAGAUUCAAAAGGAGAUAAGGGAGAAUGUAAUAAUAAUGAAAUCAACAAAAGUAACGAACUCGAAAAAAAAGAAAAAAAAGCAAAAAGCAAAAAAAAUGAAAAAAACAGCACAAACGUCAACGAACCGCCAGCAAUUAGUGAAGAUACUUCUAAAGAAAUUAAUGAAAUGAAAAAUAAAAAAGAAUUUGAUAAAAAAACAACAAAUAAAAACAAUACUGAUAAUGGACAAUCAGUGUUGAAAGAUGACGAUCCGAAAUGUGACCCUAACUCGUCAUUUACUAAGGAUGAUAAUGUGGAUGGAAACAAUAAAAAGGAAAAAGAAGAAAAUGUAGAAAAUAAGAAAAAUGGUUUUGAUAAAGAUGAAACAAUUAGCAAUAAUAAUAAUGAUGAUGAAAAGGGAGAAAAUCAAAACGGAAAUUCACUUGAAAAUAUUAAAAGAGAGAAUGAAUUUUUUGAAGAAAAUAAAGUAGAUGCUAUAUAUAAUAAGGAAAUAGAAAAUUAUCAAGAACAAAAAAUAUUAGACAAUAAUUUAAGUGAAAAUAUAAAUAAAUUAAACAAUAUUAGUGAUAAUGUGGAAAAUGAUAAUACAGAAAAUAAUGAAAGAAAUGAAAAUAUGUCCUGCCAUAGUGGAAGCAGUACAUAUGAAUAUUUAAAUGAAAAUGUUGAGGAUAGUGAUGAUGAAGGAAAUGAUGAAAAAAAUAAUAGUAAACAUAUAACAGGAAUUAAUGAUAGAUAUGAAGAAAUAAAAAUUGAAGAUGAUGUAAUGAUAAGAAGAGAUAUAUUUUUUUUUAAUUUAUUAAAAAUUGUUAUAAAAAAAAAAACAUCUGAAGAUAUGCUAAUAUAUUUACAUCUUUUAAAUGCAAUAAAUAUAGAUAAAAUAUUUGAUUAUAUUAUACAAUUAUCUUGUGAUAUAUUUAAUACCUUAUUAAAUUUUAUUGAAAUAACAAAAGAUUCAUCAACAUAUAGAUUAUUAUUAAAAAACUUGGGGGCAUGGAUAGGAAUAAUAACCAUUGGUAGAAAUAAACCAUUAAUAUCAAAAUAUAUGAAUAUUAAACAAUUAAUUUUAUAUUCAUAUGAUAAUGGAUAUUUAAUAGUUACUUUCCCGGCUGUUUGUAAAAUUUUAGAAAGUAUAAAAAAUUCUAAAAUAUUUAAACCUCCAAAUCCAUGGACAAUUGGAAUAUUAAAUUUAUUAGGAGAAUUACAUGAAGCUCAAUCACUAAAAACAAUUCUUAUUUUUGAAAUCGAAAUUUUAUUCAAUUAUUUAAAAAUUAAUGUAUUUGAUUAUUAUAACAAAUGCAAUAUUAUCAAAUGCAGAAAUAUGCCAAUCAAUUCAAAUGAUUUGUUUGUGAGAAAUAAUUAUAAUGACAACACUGCUAAUACUAAUAUUAAUAUGGGAUAUGUAAAUGAUAAUGAGGGUCGACAUUUUGCCAAUACUAGUGAAAUUCGUCAUAUAUAUAAUAAAACAUACAAUACUGGUGCAAACUUUUACCCAAAUGACAAUUUUAUAAAUAAUAAUGAUAAUAGAACAAACAGACCAAUAGGAUUAGGAGAUGCAUCAUCAGCUAACUAUUUGAUUAACAAAGAUUUAAGAUAUAACAACAUGAUGAACACUCAUAAUGGACAUAUUAUGGGAUCAGAAGUAACAUCUACAUCAGCUAUUUCAACAACUAGUAACAGUAAUACUAACGAUUUGUACAAUAGAAAACAUCUUAGUGUAAAUCUAUUAAAUAAAGGUGAUUUUGUGAUGAUAAAUGAUGGAAAGAAUAUUACUGAUAGUGAAGUUAGUGCUAAUAAUAAGAACACUUAUGAAGAUUCAAAUUUGAUCCAAUCAUUAUCGAAAAAUUUCAAAAAUAUGGAUAACAACCUUACUUAUAAUAAACAAAUUUAUAAAAGUAACAUGACUAGUGAACUAGUUUUAAAAAAUAACGCUUCACAAAGAAACAUAGCCAGUACUAAUGCUGGUAAAGUCAAUAAUAUUGGAAAAGAUUCUCAUACAAUAUCAAUGUACAAUUAUAUGAAUAAUGAGCAACCAAACUAUAAUUCAAUGUUUGGAAAUAACAUAGAUAUGUAUACAAAUGAAAAUGAUCUAUAUAAUAAUAUGUAUAAUAAAAAUAUGGAAUAUAUGCAAUCAAUGAAUGGUGAGCAUAUAGGAAACAAAAAAAUGAAUAACAUAAACAAUAAUGGAAAUAAUGAUGAUAUUCUUAUGAAAGAUUUAAAAUACAAUGCUAAGAAAAAAGAGAAGAUGAUUGAAUUAGAAUUUAAAGAUAAUUCUUCCAAAAAUUCAAAUUAUACUUUAAAUAAAAAUAAACUUGAGCAUCAACGAUUUAAAAGUUCAGAUAUAAAGGAUGAAAAUGUUGGAAUAAAACCUGAAAUAUAUGAUAAUAACAAUAAAAGAGAUUCUUAUUCUUCUCAAUUGAUAAAUAAUAUGAAAAUAAAAAACAUGUUACCAAAUGCGGUGGAUAAAAUGAAAAUGACUGAUUAUAUGAACAAUAACAUUAUGCACGCUUCUAAUAGUACUAACAAAAAUAAUUUGAAUGAUGGGCUUAUUACUGGAAAUAAUAAUCAUAACAUGAUGGAUCCUGUGUAUUCUGCUUAUUCAGGAGUAGAUAUGAAUAUGGAAACCCAAGCGAAUCUUUCAUAUAAAGAUAACACAACUAAUAAUAGUAUUAAUAAUAACAGUAGUAAUAAUAAUACAAAUAAAUUUAAUGAAAUUAUAUUUGACGAGAUAUCGAAUAUUUUAAAAAAAAAUAUAGUUUUAUCACCUUCCAUUUCAAUACUAAAAUUAAAUUUUAAAUAUAAGGCAUUAAUAUAUUUAGCAUUUGAUUCGGCUAUUAAAGAAAUUGUAUCUUCAAUUGUUGAUAGAUUUGUUUUGAUAGGAUGUAUAACAACCAGAGAAUUAGUAAAAAAAGAUUUUUUAAAUGAACAAAAAGAAACAAUUAUACAAAAAGCAUCACUAUUAAUGGCAACAAGCAUAACUUCUUCUCUUGCUUUAGUUUCGUGCAAAAAACCUUUGAAAAAUGUAUUAGUACAAAAUUUAAGAAAUGCAUUUGAGCAAAAUAUUCCUGAAAGAAAUAACACAAUUGCUGUUGAUGAUAUCAUAAAAAUCCUAAUUAACGAUAACAUAAAUUUAAUAUAUUUAAUAAUUGAGCAAAUAGCUAUUGAGAAAUCAUCAAUAGAAAUAGAAGAAAUUAUGAAACCUAUUUAUGCAUCUAGAAAAUAUGCACGUAUACAUAAAUUAAAUAUAAAAGAUAAUACAUCAAAUAAAUAUUAUAACACGUUACCUGUUUUUUUAAAAGCCCAUAAUAUAACUUUGAAGCACAUCCAAGUAUAUAAAAAUUUUAUGAAUUUAAAAAAUGUUAAAAGUUUGCAACAAAAACUAUUUUCAGUUACUAAUAACAUACACGAACAAGAAAGAAUUUCAAAUGAGGGUAGCACAACUAACCGAAAUGGAAAAGCCACAAAAAGUAUGCUCAAUGAUGAUGCUAACACAAAUAAUUUUUAUAAUAACAAAAAAUAUGGAAUAAUGCAACAUACCUUAGAUGGAAGGAAUUCAAAACAUGGAGAUUAUAAAUUAUCAGAAAAUGAAUACAAUAAGGAAACCUUAAACAACCACAACAUGCAAGAAGAUUCUAAAUGUGCUAAUGAAAUGAAAAAAAACAGAUAUUCAGAGGAAUCAUAUUAUAAUGAAAAAGGCAUAAUGGAAGACGAUAUUAACAGUAAUAUUUCAGGAGCUAAGGAUGUUGGAAAUAAUAAUAUGCAUCAACAAAAAGGUGCUUCAAACAUCGGUUACAAAAACAACGAAGGAGUUAAGUUUAUCCCUUGUAAGAAUAAUAACUCGAAAGAAAAUGUAAAUUUUCACUUAGGUAAUUUGAAUAGCAAUAUAAAUAAUUUAAAUAUUCUGAAUAGUAAUACUAUGAAUAAUGUAAAUCUAAAUAAUCUUAACAGUGGCGCUGAUGGCGACACUGCUAAAAUUCCUACUAGCGACAUUACAAACAUCGCUAUAAAUAAUAAUGCUAAUUAUAUGAACAACCUAAACUUAUAUUACUCUUCUAAUUGUCAUUAUAUAUAUAAAAACUCAACUAACAAAUAUAAUUGUAAUAAUUCUGAUAAUAAUUUUAAUACGAAUAAUAGGUAUGUGAACAUGCAAAUUAUUAAUAAUGAUGGCAAUUCUGGCAUAUAUGCAUAUGACGACCAAUGUCCACCAAACUAUUCGGGAAAUUACCCACGGAAUUAUAUUGAAAACGGUGCAAAUAAUUUUUCAGAAAACACAGAAAAUUUAUAUUCUCAAAACACCAACCAAAAAUAUGAAAAUAGUUAUACCCAUCAUUUACCAAAAAUUUCUACUAGCAAUAUUUUUCAAGCUGCUCAAAAUUUAGAAGACUUAAAAAAUGGGAAUAUGCGCCCAUCUAAUAAUGAUAGUGAAAAUUCCUUUCCCCAAUUUUCCAACAUUGCACUAAAUCCAAACUUCGAAAGUAAGUUAUCUAUUAAUAUUAACACCAAUAUAAAUAAAAAUGUAUAUAAUCAUAACAAUAUAAACUGUAUGUUUAUACAUGAACAGUUUCAUGAGUAUAAUAUAAAUUGCGAUCAUAAUAAUAUUGCUAUUAUUAAUAAAGAAAAUAAUUUCCAAAAUUGUAUAAAUAACAAUUUUGCGGAAUACAUGAAAAAUAUUAAUUCUAAAAAUAACUCUACUAAUACUAUAUAUUAUAGUCUCAAUAGUAAUGGAAAUAAUAGUAAUAACGGAAAUAAUAAUAAUGGUAAUAAUUUUGCUUGUUUUAAUAUAGGUACCUCAUUUCCUAUUCCGCCUUAUAUGAAUAAUAUUAAAAGGGAUUGUUCCUCGCUAAGUGGGAAUAUAAAUGAUACCAAAACUGGGGAUUUAAAUAAUGAGCAUAAUACGACAGCAUUUAACAGUGGCAUUUUAAAUAAUUACGAUACCACCAGAAAUGUGAUAAUGAGUGUAAACAAAGAUUUAGAAAAAAAAAAAAAUGAAAAAGAAAAAGAAAUUGAAAAUAAGAACAAUGUUAUAAACUAUGGUAUUACGCAUAUAAAUAGAGGAAAUGAUAACAACGAUCUUAAUAACAAUUAUUAUAUUGAUAAAGAACAAAAUAAUAAUUCCAAAAUGCUCACGCCGAUUCCAUCAGAUUGCAUAGACAAAGUAAACAUGGGUUUGAAAAAAAUUAAUAACAUAGAUUUACUGUUCAAAAAAAAAUAUUUAUUUUUUAUUUCAGAAAUAUUUUUAAAAGAAAAUAAAGAAAAAAUGAAUACAAAAAAUAUUAUAUCGCUUUUUGAAUUUUGUAUGAUUAAUAUUAAGGAUUAUAUUAAAUAUUUGAUUAUUUUCCCUCCUAUUAUAUCUACGCCCAAUACAUAUAGUGGUUAUUGUAACAUAAAAACACCAUUUUUUAAAUUUGAAAAAAAUGUUUACACAGAUAUAACACCACUUUUAUUUAUUACUUCCUUGCCAACUAAUCAUAAAAUUUUUAAACUAUGCAAAAUUAUUAUCUAUAUAUGUGAAAACUCGGAAAAUCAAGGUGAUACAUAUAAAAUUAUAGGAACAAAAUUGUAUAGGUCCAUACAAGAAAUCCUAAAAAAUAAAUAUAUAAUAAACAAUAAUAUUGCAAAUGUGAAGGAAGAAAAAAAAACAUAUCAUGAACAAGGGGACGACACAUCUCCAACUAAUGAUAGUGGCACAAAAAACAAUCAAAAUAAAAAUAAUCAGAUGAAUAUAACAUAUAAUGAAACUGAUAUUCUUAUAGAAAUCCAAUUAUGCAUACUCGAAUUAAUGUGCAUAAAAAGCCGAGAAUUAAAGCAAUUAAUUACUUCCUAUAUAUUAAGUUCGCCUUAUCAAAAUAUAAACAGUAUUUCUUAUUUCAUUAGGUAUAAUAUUAUUAAUUUGAAACGUUUAGAUAAAAAUAUGAGAAGUCAUUUAAACAAUUUAAACAAUACCAAUUCUAUUAAAUUUUGUACUGAAUUAAUAUAUCUUAUGGUGAUUGAAAAGAAGUAUAUAAAUUAUGAUAAUUUAAAAAAAUCGAUUAAACAGAUUGCAAAAAUUUAUAACUUGCUAUCUAAUAAGGAUAAAAAAAAUGUAUUAAUUACUAUAAGGAAAAAGGCCAAGCAAAUAAUUAAAGGAAUUAAAAAAAUUAGAAAAAAUCAAACAUUAGAAACUACCAAAGUGUUAAAGACUGUUACUGAAUAUUUAGGCGAAUAUAAAGCAAAGGAAUCAACUAAAAUUAAUAAUCGAAAAAUUGAGAAAAAUACUAUUAAAAAAGAUGAAAAUGGUGAUAAAGAAAUUAAAAAGAGAAAUGAUUUAUACACUGAACUACAAAACGAUGUAAAUACGCAAUGUGAUUAUACUAAUAUAGAUGAAUAUGUUCUGUUUUUGUUAGAAAAGUUAAAUUAUGAAAAUAAUAAAAAUUUUAGUACUGAAGAUAUAUUGGAAAAAGAAAUUAUAAAAAUAAAUACAGAUGAAAAAAAUGUAAUAAAAAACCAUACAUCUAAUACUUUUAACAAUGAACAAUAUUCUGAUCAUCAUUUAAAAUGUGAUCUAGAACAAAAUGAAAAACACAAUUUUAAAUCCAAAAGUGGGCACAAUACAAAUAAUAAUGAAUGUAAUGAUAAUACCAUUGUUUCAGAAUAUUGUCAAAAUAUGCAAUGUAAUGUUUAUAAAGAAAAAGAAGAAGGAUAUAAUUCUUCUGAAACAGGUUCAGAUGUAACAUAUACUUCUCUAUAUUCAAAUAAAUCAGAAAAAUCAAUAAAUUCAUCAGAAAAUUCGUCAUUAUCAGUUUGUUCCAUUGCUUUAGACUCAAAACACAAUUCAAAAAAAAAUGCAUACACAAAUGAAACUGAUGAUAGCGAAUCCUCUUACUCAUCGUACUCCAAUUCCUCUAGUGCAUCAAAUAUAAGUACUAUAUCGAUCGAACAUAAAUCUACAAAUUUAGAAACAAAUAAAGAAAUAGAUAUAAAAAUACCAGUCGCAGAGAAAAACAACUUGCUAAAUAAUUUUGUAAAUAUAAAAAAAUUGAAUAUAAAUGAAAAUUACAUAAAUAAAAGGGCUUAUUAUAUUACAGAUAUAUUUACUGAUAAACCAAUUAAAUGCAAAUAUUUACCAUCACCUCCAAAUAUAAAUAAAGAAAGGGGAAUGAUUAUUGCGUGCUUAUUUGCUGAGUGGUAUUUUAUAUAUAAAAAUUAUUUAAACAUUUCUAAAACUAAUACACCCAACAAUAUCCCCGACAUUGUGAAACAACAACAUAAAUCAAAAUGCAUCAAAUAUAUACAAAAAUUAAUAAAAUUUGAAUUUUUAAACAUGGAUAAAAUGACUGACUGUUUUUUUACACACACUAUUAAUAUAUCAGUAAAUAUAGCUCUAUAUAACUUGCAAAAAGAUGAUGUUAUCAAAGAUGAGUUAACAAUGAAAAAUGAAACAAAUCAGAAACCUCAUCAAACAGAAAAGGAAAACGCUAAAAAGGGAAGGAAACAAACUGAAGAAAGCCAAAAUGAAAAUUAUGAAGCAAAUAAUGUAUCUCAAAUAGAUAAUGAUAACAAAAUUGAAACUUUAAAAAAUAAUAUUGAAAUGAAAGAAUUAAAAAAUAGUAGCGAAUUAUUAAAUUACAAUUAUAUUGAUUCGUGGUCUAAAAUGAUUGUAAUUAUUCUACAAUUAGUUGAAGAUAUAAAAGGAAUAUCACCAAUUAUUGUUUUACAAAAAGUUUUGAAUUCAUUAUGUAGGAUUAUACAUAAAAGAUGUGAAAUUGAAAAAAGAAAAUUUAAUCAAAGACCUUAUUUUAGAUUAUUACACUGUUUAUUAAAUGACAUAAAUGAAGCAUUUACAGCGACAACCGUUCCUAACAUUGCUGCUACACCACAAUCAAAUGAUAAGCUGAUAUAUUUAAAUUGUUUUUCGAAUUGUUUUGCUAUACUAUCUCCAAUACGAGUUCCAUCUUUUUCCUUUUCAUGGCUAGAACUUAUAUCUUCUAAAUAUUUUAUGCCAAUUUUAUUAUCAAAUAUAUGUGGAUGGGGAAUAUACAAAAAUCUGUUAGUUGGACUUUUUACAUUUUUAAAAUAUUGUUUAAAAAAAUUACAAAUAUCUAAAGCCAUUGAAUCGUUAUAUAUAGGAGCUGUAAGAAUACUUUUAGUACUGCUCCACGACUUUCCAGAAUUUUUAUGUAGUUAUUAUGUAACAUUUUGUAGUCUAUUUCCAAUUAAUUGCAUUCAAUUAAGAAAUAUAGUCCUUUCAGCAUUUCCAAGAAAUAUAAAAUUACCUGACCCAUUCAUGCCAAAUAUUAAAAUGGAUGCGUUACAAGAAAUUAAAUUAGUCCCUAAAAUCUUAACAAAUACCAUUUUUCCAUUAUUUAAAAAUAACUUUAAACAAUUAAUUGACGACUAUUUUAAUAAAAAAAAAUACUCAUUACUUUUACAAAUUAAAAAUAAAUUAUAUUUACCAAAAAAUAAAAUUUAUCAGCAUUUUGUUAAAUAUGAUAUGGAUAUUAUGAAUUCACUAACAUUAUAUGUGGGAGCGUUUAUUUGCAAAGCUAAGACAAACAAUCUCUUUAGUUUUAACAGCAAUUCGGAUCCUAUACUUUUAAUUAAGUCUAAAAUUGAUAUCUCUAAUAACACAAAGGAAGAAAAUAAAACCGCUUCAAGGGAUAGGGAUAUUAUACAAAAAAUUAUAUUAAAUUUUCAAGGAGAGGUUUUAAAACGAAAAGACAUAAAAGAAGGAGAUGAAAAACAACCAAAUCAAGAAAAUCAAAGAAAUGGAGAACAAAAUAAUAAUUUUCUGAACAAAUAUGUAGAUAUCAUACAGGAAAAUAAUAUAGAAAAUGAAAUUUCAUCAUUUUCAAAUUGUGAUAAAACAAAUACUAAAGCAUUAAAACAAAAUAGUGUAAAUAAUAUUGAUUGUGUUGUGAACAAUAAUAAUAGAGAAUAUAAUGAUGGCACAAUAGAAAUUACUAUUAUCAAAAAAAAUCUUGCUUAUACAUUAUUUUUGUUUUUAUUAAAAGAAUUAGAUAUGGAAGGAAGAUACUUAUUAUUAUUGAAUAUAGUUAAUCAUAUUAGAUAUCCUAAUUCGCAUACCCAUUACUUUUCAUGUCUCAUUUUGUUUUUAUUUUCAUAUUCAAAUGAUAUCGUUAUUAAAGAACAAAUAAUUCGAGUUUUGUUGGAAAGAAUUUUGGCUCAUAGGCCACAUCCAUGGGGAUUAUUAAUUACAUUUAUUGAAUUAAUCAAAAAUAAAAAAUUCAAAAUUUGGGAAUACCCAUUUGUACAUGCUACAUCGGAGAUUAAAAAAAUAUUUAAGUCAGUUUUUCAGACAUGCUUAGGAAAUGCUUAG